AUGGAAGAUAUUCCAGCGGAUGUUGAUUCUGAUGGUGAAGACCGUCGUGAGCGUAACGCAUAUGAAGUUGAGGAAGCAUUAACCCAGUUCGAAGACGAGCCUCCUAUUCUGCACAAUGUAUACCCAAAAUCUGAUGAUGAUGAAGAAAAUGAAGGUCAGAAAGAAAGGAGGCGUUAUCAUAUAAGAAGAGGUAAUGGAAACUUAUUCAAAGGACAACUCUUCAUGAAUGCUAUAGCGUUUAAGGAAGCUGUCUUGAACCAUGCUCUGAGAACUUGCCGGAAUAUAUCGCAGUAUAAGUAUGAUAAGACUAGGGUUGUGUUUGAAUGUAAUGGCAAAGGUUGUUCAUGGCGCAUAUAUUGCUCAGUUCCGAAGAAUAGUACUAGGUGGCAGGUAACAGUCUUUGAAUCGGUUCAUACUUGUGUUCCGAAUGGUCAGUGUGCGAUGUUAAUAGACACUGUCAUUGCUCGACUAUUUCUUGAUAAGAUCCGUGAAGAGGAAGAGUACUUCAUGCCAAUGAAGAUUGAACAACUGAUUAUGGAGAAAUGGAGGAUAUGUGUGACAAGAAAUCAAUGCCAGCAUGCUAGGAACAAAGCAUUGAGAUGGAUUGAGAGGGAGUAUGCACAGCAGUUCGCACGUCUGUGUGAUUAUGCGACUGAGAUAGAGCAUUCAAACCCUGGAUCUUUAGUGGAGGUUGACUGUAUAACAAACGAGGCAGGAAGCCAUGUUUUUCAAAGGUUUUAUGUUUGUUUCAAUAAUCUUAGGAGAUCAUGGAAAGAGAAUUGUUGGCCUCUUAUAGGAGUUGAUGGCUGCUUCUUGAAAUCAGUUCAGAAGGGUGAGUUGUUUGCUGCUAAUGGGAGAGAUGCUGAUAACAGAAUUUAUCCAAUUGCAUGGGCUGUAGUUCAAAUGGAAAACACAAAUAACUGGGCAUGGUUCUUUUGUAAGAUCAAGGUUGACUUAGGUCUUGGAGAUGGGGAUGGAUAUGUUUUGGUGUCUGACCGUCAAAAGGGAUUGCUCAUUGCUGUGAAGGAGGAGCUACCUUUGAUAGAACAUAGAAUGUGUGUCAGACAUAUUUACAUGAAUGUGAAGUCUCGACAUGGAAAGAUGCCAGAGCUGAAGACACUGAUUUGGCAUCUCGCUUGGAGCUAUAACUUGGCAGAGUACAAAGAAAAUUUGAAGAAGAUUGAGGAUUACGAUGAAGCUGUAUAUGCUGAUGUGAUGAAAACGAAGCCAGAGACUUGGUGCAGAGCAUUCUACAAGCUUGGACCAUAUUGUGAGGUUGUGGAAAACAACUCUGUAGAAUCAUUCAACAACUCCAUAGGUAAAGCCAGAGACAAGGCUUUAGUGCCAAUGUUGGAGACUAUUGCAAGACUUGCAAUGGUUCGUAUAGCCAAAAGAGAAGCUAAAGCCGAUGGCCAUCAAGGCUUAACAACUCCAUAUGCUUUAGUUGAAGCAUCAUCAUCACAAGUUGAAUCUUCACAAGGAGUUCUCACCCAAGUUGAUUAA